AUGUUAAAUAAAGAAAAUAAUAUUAUAUUCUUAUAAGCUAUUUAAGAAAAAUAGUAUAACAAAGCUUAUAAAAUAGGAUCACAAAUUUUGAAUAAGAACCCUAAUGAAUAAAGUAUUAAGAGAUUCAUGAUAUUUUUAUAAAAUAAUCUCCAAGAUUGUAAUAUAUUUAUCUAAUUUUUGUAAAUUAUUAAAGUGAAGAAGAAGAUGAUGAAGAGGAAGAAUAUGAAUAUGAAUACGAAAAAGAAUAUGAAUAAAAAAGAUAAAAUGUAAAUAAGAAAAUAUAAGUAUAAUUUGUUAUAAAAAUUAGCCAAUCAUGAAUAAACCUUAAAAAAAUAAGGAAACCAAAAAUACAUUAGAUGUUAAAUAUAAAUAAAUAGAAAUACCAGUAAAAGCAGUUAAAUAACAUUAACAAAUAAGAAAUGUAAAGUAAAC